CGUUUUCUAUCGGGGCCUUACAAGAGCAAGGUGUGAGUGGCACAGGUGUUUUGAUCACUCUUUUAACGCUGAGAGGCACUGUGUACGGUUAGUGUGGAGGCUAGAGAUCAAGACAGAGUAUAAGGACACAUCAAGGCCCGAAGUACACAGGCAGCAUGGAGUCAUUGGUGGAAUCUGGCAACAGAGUGCUCCUUGUGUGGUCUGGCCAGAUUGACCCAGAAGAAAUGAAACAGCUGGCUGAGAAGCUACAAGGAGCAGUUGGGCCAUCUGGGAAGGUUGUUGUUGAGAAUGCUGAAAGGCUUGCAAUGGCCGGCCACGCACACUCGAGCUUCGACGCGGCUCUGUCGGGCGUGGUGGGCGAGCCGACGCUGCACGGCGCCGUGCUGCUGGGCCAGCUGCUGGAGCUGCUGCGGCCCGGCGGGCGGCUGCACGCGCGCGACUCGCGCCGGGAGCAGGCCGCCAGGCAACUGACGCUGGCCGGCUUCACGGCCAGCGCCAGCUGUGCCGAGCUCGGCGGAUACGUCACCGCCCGCAAGCCCGACUUUGAGGUGGGCUCGUCGGCACCGCUGAAGCUGCCGGUGGCCGCACCGUCUGCCGCCGCGGCCGCCGUCUGGACCCUGUCUGGCCAGGACGCGCUGGACGACGACCUGGACCUAGUAGACGAGGACGAGCUGCUGGACGAGGAGGACCGGCAGCGGCCCGACCCCGCCUCGCUGCGUGUGUGCGGCACUACCGGCAAGAGGAAGGCCUGCAAGGACUGCUCGUGCGGCCUGGCCGAGGAGCUGAGCGCGGGGAAACAGCCGGCCACCAAGUCGGUCACGUCCUCCUGCGGCAGCUGUUACCUGGGCGACGCUUUCCGCUGCGCUAGCUGUCCGUAUCUGGGAAUGCCGGCGUUCAAGCCGGGUGAGAAGAUCCAGCUGUCGCAGCGGCAGCUGAAUGCCGACGCCUGACGGAUAGCGACUGCCUCCUUGUCUGAAGUGAUAAACACCUCCCUUCUGUAGCGAACGCGACGUCGACGCACCUCCCUGUGGGCGGAACGCGCAGUGGAGGUGUGGGCCUCUGGUCUAAUGUCUCUGACCGAACAGCCUUGGCACGCCACGGUCUAUUUGGGUUUCUCUGAUGUACUGGGUCCGGGAUAUUGGGUCGGUAGCGAUGUCGGUGCUGUUGCGUGCGACGUAAAGGUCAGGCGGCCGCACUCAAUCGAUGUUGACGGACUGUCCUUGUGUGGUCGGGCGGGGUGAUCUCACCAGGAGAGGCCAGCGCGCUGGCGCUACACGGGCGAUUGCUGCCUGUCUGUGACGGUUUUCAGCUCUCUGUGCCCAAAAUUAUUAUUUCCUUUUGUCCUAAGUGAAUCAGUGCAGUGAGGACGGAGUGCAGAUGGAAAUGGUCGUACGAUUUUCGUCUGCUAUCGUGUUGAACCCAUAUUAGUCACGCGUACACAUAUAUGUAUUUGUUGUAGCGUACGAUCGUAAUAAAUAACAAAUGACUCGA